AUGAGACAUCUUGUGGGCUGGGUGUUGCUAGCUGUCUGCAUGUUCGGACUGAAUGCAGAGUUGAUCUCUCAUUUAUAUCCUCCAAAACAAGAAAUUUCUGUUGCUAACUGUGUCUUUCCAUUCAUCUACGGUGAUGAAUUACACUUCAAUUGUAUCUCCACCCACAGUGACUUUGAUUGGUGUUCCCUUGACUUUCGCUUCCGAGGAAGAUGGCGCUACUGCACAGCACUGGAUCCUCCAAUGUGUAUCUUCCCUUUCCAAUUCAGAAAAAAGUCCAUUUAUGAAUGCACCAAGGAAGGCUACAUUUUGAAUCGGAGUUGGUGUUCAUUGACUGAUAAUUACAACAAAGAUAAAAAAUGGAAGCAAUGUUCUCCUCACAAGUAA